CAGGGCCGUUUGUGCAGAGCGCAUCCCAGGCGGCCGGUGCCGGCUGGCUUGAGAGUUUUGUGCUUUCUGGAUGAAGCGAGUCUUCGCAUACUUGCGGUCGCGUGAUCUCACAAGAUCCUUGGUGUGGGCGGAGCCGGCAGGAAAUUUAAACUGAAACCGCGGCCGAGGACGCCAGGACAAUGAUGUUGUAGCUGCCCUGGCUUAACUGGGACUGUGGAGUAGGGAAGAGCUCAUGGAGCGCGCGAAUGUAAUACGGAGGCCUCUGAUGAAGGAGUACGGAGACCGAAAAGGAGCCGGCAUUUGAUGAGCGAACCGAUAAAGGGAGACGAUUGCCUCGAGCUGGAGAGUUCCAUGGCUGAUAGUAGGCCCCGGGCCCCGGACCUAGGGGCUCAGCUAGGAGUUUCCAGGUAUCUGGGAAAAUGCCAGAAGAACGCACCAGGUGCUGGGAAGCAUCCCUUUUCCGGAAAGUCCUUUUACUUGGAUCUGCCUGCUGGCAAGAAUCUCCAGUUUUUAACAGGGGCCAUUCAGCAACUGGGUGGGGUAAUUGAGGGUUUUCUGAGCAAAGAAGUAAGUUACAUCGUGUCCAGCCGCAGAGAAGCAAAAGCAGAGAGCAGUAGGACAAACCAAAGAGGCUGCCCUAGCCCUAACCCCAGUGAGGUCAGAGUGGAAACAUCGGCCAUGGUUGAUCCAAAAGGCAGCCACCCCAGGCCUUCACAAAAACCCGUUGACUCGGUGCCUCUAAGCAGAGGGAAGGAGCUGCUGCAGAAGGCCAUCAGAAACCAGGGGAGCAUCAGUGGAGGAGGCAGUGGGGGCAGCAGCAGCCUCCUGACCAAUGCCCGCUCUUGGGGAGUGAGGAUUCUGCACGUGGAUGAAAUGAUGAUGCACGUGCAGCAGCUGUCUCUUGCCUCUUUAUGUGUGAAAAAACAGCCAAAGAAGCCAGAGGGAACAUGUCCAGCAGCAGAGUCAAGAACACGGAAAGUGGCCAGACUGAAGGCACCAUUCCUCAAAAUCGAAGAUGAAAGCAGGAAGUUUCGUCCUUUCCAUCAUCAGUUUAAAUCCUUUCCUGAAAUUUCUUUUCUUGGACCCAAAGAUGUAAGUCCCUUUGAAGCCCUGACGACCCUGGGCAGCAUGCACCAUACCAGAGAAUCCAAGGAUGGAGAGCCAAGCCUGCGAUCAGCUGCCCGCAGCAUGCCCAGGAGGAAGAAAGGCUACUGCGAGUGCUGCCAAGAGGCCUUUGAGGAGCUCCAUGUGCAUCUUCAGAGUGCCAAGCACCAGGGCUUUGCCCUAGAAGCCCAUCCGUAUGCAGAAGUGGACAGGAUCAUUGCCCAGCUCAGCCACAGCUUUGUAGACAUCCCUUUCCAGGCCGGCCUCCCCAGGUGGUCAGGUUCCCCAGCUUCUGACUGUGACCCUCUCUGUCCUGAGACUCUGCACCCCCGCCAGCCCUCCCAUCCCAGGGCAGCAUCUCCCAGGAUAAGGAAGGAAGACAGCUGCCAGGUGUCAGGUAUCCCAAAGCAGGAUGGGACAGUGAACAGCACGCAGGCACCAACUGAACGUGCAGGGACUGGUGAGGUACCUGGACCUAUAGCAAGCUGCCAGGACCUGAGGGGGUUAUUUGAUGUGUUUAUGGACACCCCAGAGACACCGGUAUCUAGGAACCCUGCUUGCCAACGCCUGCUGCCUAGCUCUGGUUUUACGGAACUCUCCUUUGGCCCAGACCUGGCACUUGUUGGCCACAAGCGCAAGGUUCAGUUCCCCAGUGGCAAUGCUGAGAAGAGAGUGGGGGCCUCCUGGCCACAGGCUUCAUUUUUUGUCCCAAUAGCACCCAACCCCCGUGGCACCAGGACAACCAGUGGCAAGCAUCUUCCCUGUCUUCCCCUUCCAGGCCAUGAGUCCAGGCUCCUCACCUCCCUCCAGCCCUUGUGCCACUCACAGACCUGCCUCUCUCUCCCAGACUCCUUUCCCUGGCAGCCCACAGACAGACCAGCAGAGUUCUGGGCCACACAGCCCCACAGGCCGGGGGAAGGAUGGCCCCUAGGGCCUGAGGAUUCUAAGUGUGCAACCCCUGGCCCUGUAUCCCAGGAGGCUGGCCAGCUCCCCAGCUGCCCCACAGCUCCAGGCCGGCCAUCAGCCCCCCUGCACUCAGCUACCAGUGUGCAGCCCUCAGGAGCACCUGCAGAGAGCAGGUCUACCUCCCUCCUGCAGCCCCUGCCAGCCAGUGCAGGAGCUAGCUGUUCCCGAUGCCUCUGGGCCCCCCAGCCUCUCCAGGUGCCCUGUUACCCUGUCUCCCAGCCCUGGUCCCAACCCCGGCCCCAGCCCCAGCCCCAUGCCGGCAGAGAGCUGCUCCUGUGAGUCCCCAAGGUGCUUGGCUCUUCACGGAGCCAGGCAGCUCCAGAUUGAAGGGCCACAGAUACAAUUUAUUCCCCUGCUGCGUGCUGCACACCCGGCCAGGGCCGACCAGGACACAGGAGGGGCAGAGCCCCAGGACUUCCCCAAAAGAGCCAGAAGGGGGCCCGGGCCUGGCCUUUGAAGUCCAGCAAGCAGCUGUCACGCUAGGUGUUUCUGUCCCAUGGAGCCAACAGAGCCAGCCCUCCCACUGGCCAGGUCUUUGGGAUAGAAUCUGGACUGGGGGCUGCCCUCUCCUACCCCCGCCUCCUGCCAUGUUCCUGACCAGGCAGAGUCCACAGUGGGCUUGCCCAGCUGAGACUGGCCACCCACGCCAGGAGACAGAGGCAAAGUUGGCAUGGGGAGGGACCACAAAGGAGCUGGGGCAGCAGGAGUCCUGGCCUGGCUUCCUGGCCCUCCACAGGCCCUUGCCUCUCUGCAGAGCCGCGGGUUAGCUGUUGUUGUGCUCCACCCCCAACCCCGACCUCCUUUCCCACGAGCAUGUGGCCGCUCCUGCUUUCCGAAAUGCCUGUGUUUAUCCCCUCCCCCAGCCCCCCACGCUCCCGCACACAGAUCCUCAGGAACAUAUGAAGCAGAGGAGGGGCUCGAGCUGCGCCACUCACAGAGCUCCUUCCCCCAGGCACUUAGUUGGGGCCCAGCACUGACCUUUCCCCUGAGCCCAGGAUGUGGCCACAGCCCCCUCUGGGACCCCUCUUGGCCCUUCUCUGCCUCCUCAGCUUGAGCUGCCUGCCCAGAGUUCGGCUGUUCCGGGGCCAGUGUGUCACCUGCCAACUUCCACAUCACCCUCCUCCCUCGUUCCCUCCUCUCCUUCCCCAAGGACCUCCCCCCAUUUCUGGCAGCCAAGCCAUUAAUCUGGAGACAGAAAUGGGUUUGCUAUCGAUUCUCUGGCCACUUUUUCUUUCAUUAUAAUUUGUACUGUGGUUCUUCUCACCCUUCUCUGUGUCCGUGAGUUUGUCUCUUUAAAUGUUGAAGCUCCCGGAAGCCUGGUGCUAUUCUGUAUCUCCUUUCAAAGGAAGAAGAGGGGACCCAGCUGUGGGUGAGGACUAAAGUUAUUAGUUUGGAAAUAGAGCAACUUUGUGUACAGCCCACCUUAGAGGUCAUGUUACCCCCCUCCUGUUAAAUUUUAUAAUUAAUUUUGGUUCAGGAAAUGUAAAUAAAUUUGUUAAUAACAAAUAGCAAAGAGAUGGGCCUGGAAUGCCAUAUGUCGGUCCUUGAUCUGCCCUCCAGUGACCCAAGGCAGGGCUGCAGGCCAGGAGCGAUGGACAGAAUCACUAGAUGGUGGGAUAGGACCUCCUGCAAGUCACACACGUGUGAGUGCCACAACCCUCCUGCCGGCCUUGCCCAAGGGCUAAGGGCUCCAGGAGCAGGGCUGCCUCUGUCCCUGCCCAGCCUCCUUUACCCAGUCUCAUCUGAUCACUUAGUUGGCUCUGCUGCCUGGGGAGUGGUUGCCAGCAGAGGACAUGCCCCUCCAUCACUCCCAAGAAAACUCCUUUGCCCUGACGGAGAUUCCUGCUAAGGGCCCACUCCUCUUCCCUGAAGCCAGGCCGUGGUUUAUGUCUGGGUGCCACUGGGUUCAUCCCUUUCCUUUUGUGACAUGGGGUUGCCUCAUUCCCCAUGACACCACCCCUCUGCAUGAGGAAGUUUCCCCUCGUCCCAUCUCAGACUUUGAUACCUUUACCUGCUGCUCACACAAAGCCCGUCGUGCUGGGUUCGGGUGCCCUCAUUGUCAGCUGCCCAGGACCCAUUCCCUGAACCUCAUCCAGGUACUCUUGCCUUCCCCUCCUAUCUCAAUGAUCAUGACCUUGGACAUCUCUGCCAGGCCAAACUCCGAGGCUGGAAUGCUCCUCAGCCAUUUCUCCAUUGCGGCUUCCUGGCUGUAGAUUCAGGUUAGAGGUGAACCCAGAAUACCUGAGACCUGACCCAGGACGGAUGGGUGCUGCUUGAUGUGAAUGAGGUCCUGCAGUGGCUCCUUGGCGUGAGCACUGCUCAGACUCCUUUCCACUCCAGCCCCCUUUCCACAUCCCCCUCCUACAGCAGAUGACUUUGACCCAGACCCAGUGGACACUGCUUCAUCUUGCAGUCAGUCCCUUUUCAAUGUUUCUGUUUCUUUCUGAAGAGGUGUCCUCCCUCCACAAGUCACACUGUCUGUCCCUGGCCCUCCAGCCCACCUUGCCAACCACCCUUGUUGGUUUCCUUCUCAGACUUGCCACCUCUCCCUUCUGCCCCAAAAUGCCAUGCUCCUCUCCUGGAAACCACUUGAGUUGAUGCAGUAAAUCAACUUCAAAUACUUGAAGACUCCCACCUUCUGUUCUCUGGCUCCUUCCUGCAGUCUAUACCUACCGCCUCCUCUUCACCUCCUUCCCUUCCACACUUCCUUCCCGGGUAGCUCUGCCUGAAGCAUUCCACUAGGAUCAUCUAUUCCAAGGUCAUGGACGGCUACUGAUGACCAAAGUUGGUUCCUUUUCUCCUUUCUUUCCUCCUUGAAGCCUGGCUCCCUUGGUCCCAGCAGCCCCUCAGUGGCCUGGUUCUCCUGUCCCCCUGCCCUUCCUCACCAUUGCCCAUUCCCUCAUUCGUUCAUUCAGCACAGGCCUUGCUGUCUGCCCUGAGUCAGCUCCGAGACACCUGAAGAGCCCUCCAGCCCUAACUGCUUUCCUCAGACUAGGUCCCGAGGCCUUUGUUCUUGCCUCUUCUUGCUGAGCCUUUCGCUUCUCGGCAGAUGUGACCAAUUGGUAGCUCCAUCCCAACUUCCUUCUGCUGGGUGGAAUGCAGGAGCUGCUGUCCCCAAGUCACACUGUGACCUCAGAAAAAUGCCUCUAUUACUCGGGCUUCAGUUUCCUCGUCUUUAAGGGGCUUGGAUGAGAUUAUUUCAGGGAUAUUUUCAGCCCUUUCCUAUAAUAAAAUACUGUGAC